UUAAAGUUAAACUUCUUAAAGCUCUAAUAUUUUGCGAGACUGCACUGUUUGGAAUGUAAAUAGACGACUAAUGUGACUGGAUGGGACUCGUGGAGUUUGACCCUUUACCCACAAGCGUCACACUUAGUACUACAUGAGUGAUCUUUGUCCUGCAGCCUCCGCCCUCCAGAUAACCAGCACAGAAGCACAGAGCAGUCUUGAAGAUGGUGGUUUUGUCUAAAGAGUACGGCUAUGUGGCGCUGACAGGAGCGGCGUCAUUUCUCCUGAUGGCUCAUCUGUCUCAUGCCGUGGUGAAGGCUCGGGUUAAAUACAACGUCAAGUAUCCUACAAUGUACAGUAAUGAUCCAGAGACUGGCCACAAAUUCAACUGUAUCCAGCGAGCGCAUCAGAACACUGUUGAAGUCCUGUCUCCAUUCCUUUUUCAUUUAUCUGUGGGUGGGAUUCAGCAUCCACGCCUGGCCAGCGUGUUGGGAAUGAUCUGGAUUGUCAGUCGGGUGCUGUACGCUCAAGGAUACUCUUCUGGAAAGCCUGAGAAGCGCCAGCGCGGGUCGUUCGGGAUGGUUGCUUUGCUGGGUCUGUUCCUUUGCACAGUGAACACCGGGAGAACGCUGCUCGGAUGGGGACCUGGGUUAAAAUGGCCAGUGUGUUUUAAAUAGUGGAAAUCAUGUUUGCAGUUUAAUUCUACUGUAGUUCUACAUUCUAUAAAGUGACAAGUAAAAAAAAACAAAAAAACAUGUUAUGUAAAAUUUGGAAAAACACAAGGAGGCUCAUUUCACACUGUAAGACCUCUGGGAAUUCUCUGUGUGUACAUUUAUGUUUUAAAUAAAUAACAUAAAAGUUGAAA